CUCGGUCCCUAAAUGUGGAAGGGAGCAUGAACGGACGAACGAAUGUGAAUGUCUCUUGAAUCUCGAAUAUAAAAAUAAUUUCACCUCGGUCUGUGACUAUCGGUAUUUCAUUUGACAAUUUGCAGUGUAUUUGAGAUCUGUAUUAAACAGAUGUUUCGAACAUGGCUAGAAUUCCUUGCGAUUCUGGGAGGAUUCGCAGUGGCAGGUGUGCUGCGAGUCAGUGGGAUGGAGGUGUUCACAUCCAGUGAGGUGGAGGCGGUGAAUGGGACUGAUGUCAGGCUGAAGUGUACCUUUAAGUCGGAACACCCCGUGUCCCAGUCCUCUGCAGUCGUCUCCUGGAACUUUCGUCCUCUUGCCCAGGGAGCUGAGGAGUCGGUGUUUUACUACCAAGAGAAGGCCUACCCUCCUACAGAAGGACGUUUUAAGGGCCAUGUUGCGUGGUCUGGGGACAUUCUGAGACAGGACGCCUCCAUCGUCCUGAAGGACGUCCUCUUCGCCUUCAAUGGCACAUACACCUGCCAGGUCCGCAACCUGCCUGAUGUCCAUGGUAUCAAUGGAGAAGUCGUCCUCAAGGUCCUCAAUAAAGCCUCUGUGUCUGAGAUGGGCCUGCUGGCUGCAGCCAUUGGAGGAGCCAUUGUCGUAGGCCUGCUUCUUCUGGCCGUCUUCUUGGUGGUCCGGCAUUGCAGGCGCAACAACAUGGAAGACCUGGAGCAGGACGAGAGGGAAAUGCCAGAAACCAGGGAGCUGCGAGAGGGAGCGCUACAGUCCAAGGCCAUACAGGAGAAUGAGCUGAAGUUCAACCUCAUGCAAGAGAAAGAGCUCCAGGCUGUGGAAAAUAACUGAAAUCACCCUGCAGGGAUCCCCCCCUCUCUCUGCUGACUGGUUUGGCCAGGUGUCUGUUGUGGAGGGACGUGUGUCCGACUGGAGAGACUGGUCCCCACUCCUUCACCAUGACUGACUUAACUAACUACUUUAGUUGCUUCAGUUGAUCCUUUUUUGUCAGACACCGUUUUAAAUUGUUGCAUUUUUUAAUGAUUAUUUCUUUUAAAAAUUAUUAUUUUACAAAGAUUUGUCCCAGAAUUCAACCCUGUCUACUGCUCACUUCCUAGUUUACAAAAUCAUUCCAGUUUAGUAGUAAUAUAAUUUUUUUCCUGAUUCUAACACAAGGAUGUCAACAUCUCUACAAGGUGCUGGUUUUGGUAUCCGCUGUUAUACAGCUCAUUGUUUUCGGUUGAUCCACUCUUGCCUGCAGCUAAUCCAGUAAUUUUCCAUGGUGUUGAAUUUUCCUGAAAAUGUAAUUUUCUUGAUUUUCUUAUUUCAUACAUGUACUUGCAAAUAUCAAAACUGUAUAUAAAAUUGCACAUCUUAUGAGGUAAAAUAUUUCUUACAUUUUUAAAUA